AGCUGGGAGUUCCAGAGCCAUGUCCUGGCUUUAGAGCGGCUGGAGAGCAGGAGACAGACGGCCGGCGCUUGCAGUCUCUGGAAAAGAAAUCCAGAGCAGAGGAGGCCUUAGAACUGGGAUAGGAGCGAUGAGCGUGGAUCUGAGGACUCUCACAAAGCUUCUUGCUUUGUAAGGGCGCAAGGCAGAACAGAGAUCCAGGUGGUACUGCUCGGCUGAUCUAUACACUGAGAGAAUUAGCAAACUGUCUACAUUCACAAAGGAAAAGUGAAUUACUCAGGUCUUCAGGUCUGGAAGAGGUAAUACCGUGGAACAAAACAAGGCCAGAACAAGAGAAGGAGGGAGGUGGAGUGGAAAAGCAGAGCAGCCAUGAGGCUAGAAGCAUGGAACCUGGCCAUUAUGCUCUCCCUCUGCCUCACACCCCUGAGCAGAUGUGGCUCGGGCAACGAGCCCUUGUUGUCCCGGCGGCGCCGGGCACCGGCUGACGAUGUCAAAAGGUGCUCGUACACAUUCCUGGUCCCCCAGCAGAAGAUCACAGGACCUAUCUGUGCCUCGGCUACGGGGCCCGAGCCAGACAAAGAUCGCGUAACGCGCAUGGACAUCUCUGACCUGAAGGACGUUCUGUCCAAACAGCGUCGUGAGAUCGAGACAUUGCAGCUGGUCUCUGAUGUGGACAGCAACCUGGUGAACGAGAUGAAGCUCCUGCGCAAGGAGUCCCGCAACAUGAACUCCCGGGUCACGCAGCUCUACAUGCAGCUGCUGCAUGAGAUCAUCCGCAAGCGUGACAACUCGCUGGAGCUGGCGCAGCUGGAGAACCGGGUGCUCAACGUCACGUCCGAGAUGCUGCGUCUCGCUUCGCGCUACAAGGAAAUGGAGAUGCGCUUUGCUAUACUGGCCUCCACUGUUAACAACCAGUCGGUACUGAUCACCAUGCUGGAGGAGCAGUGCAUGCGUGGGUACGGACGUCAUGACCUGCCUCCUGUGCCACCGCUGGUGCAAGUGGUGCCUGAGGCCAUCCCAGUCAACACCAACCGAUUCACUAAUGAGAUUCAGAGGGACCACAGCAAUCGAGCCUUCCCUCGCGGCUCGCGCGACUCGCCACCCACCGCUGAUCCUUUGGACAUUCCACCAGCGCCACAAGGCACACUCACCACUGAUGGACCAUUCCGAGACUGUUAUCAGGUCCGCCAGGCAGGGCACAGCACCAGUGGGAUGUAUCUUUUACAGACAGAUGGUAAUGACAGGCUUAUUCAGGCCUGGUGUGAUCAGGGAUUGGACAACGGAGGUUGGACUGUCUUACAGAGAAGAAAAGACGGCUCAGUCAACUUCUUCAGGAACUGGGAGAACUACAAGAAAGGCUUUGGGAACAUAGACAGCGAGUACUGGCUGGGACUGGAGAACAUCUACAUCUUGGCCAAGCAGGGUGACUACAGACUGAUGGUGGAGCUGGAGGACUGGGUGGGAAAGAAGGUCUACGCUGAAUACAGCAGUUUUCGGCUGGAGUCCGAGAGCGAGGGCUACCGCAUACGCCUUGGCACCUACCAGGGUAAUGCUGGAGACUCGCUAACCAGUCACAAUGGCAAGCCCUUUACUACGCUGGACCGUGACAAGGACGCCUUCACAGGAGGCAACUGUGCUCACUUCCACAAAGGAGGCUGGUGGUAUAACGCAUGCGGGCAGACCAAUCUGAAUGGCGUGUGGUAUUCUGGUGGUGUGUACAGAAGCAAGUUUCAGGAUGGGAUCUUCUGGGCUGAAUACGGAGGAGGCUUUUAUUCACUCAAGUCCGUCCGCAUGAUGAUUCGGCCGAUCGACUGAGACAUACUUCUCGCCUCUUUACCACUUUUAAUAUAACCUGUUUAUUUUGUAAAAUAUUAA